AGCUGUUCACUUCCUGGCUUUGUAGGAAGCGAGAAGCAGCUGCUAUGUGGAUAUCGGUUUUUAUUGUACAGAAGCAGUAGUAGUGAAAUAGUAACGUACAAUAACGAAUACUGAAAUUUGAUAGAGGUAGUUAGUAGCUAUAUAUAGAUAUUGUAUUAUAUUGUUAAAUUUCACCUAGCUGUUUUACUAGACUGUCAGUAACGUUAGCUAAAGUUUACAAUGGGCUUACUCACAAUACUAAAGAAAAUGAAGCACAAGGAACGAGAGAUGAGACUACUGAUGCUUGGCCUGGAUAAUGCUGGGAAAACGACCAUUUUGAAAAAAUUCAACGGAGAAGAUGUCAGUACCAUCUCCCCUACACUAGGGUUCAAUAUAAAAACGCUGGAACACAGAGGGUUUAAACUGAACAUCUGGGAUGUGGGAGGCCAGAAGUCACUGCGUUCCUAUUGGAGGAAUUACUUUGAGAGCACAGAUGGGCUGGUGUGGGUUGUGGACAGCGCUGACAGAUUGAGACUGGAGGAUUGCAGGCAAGAGCUGAGCGCUCUGCUACUAGAAGAGCGCCUAGCUGGAGCCACUCUCUUGGUGUUUGCCAAUAAGCAGGACCUGCCGGGGGCACUGUCUAAAGAUGCUAUUAGGGAGGCGAUGGCUCUGGACAGUAUAAAGACUCAUCAUUGGUGUAUCAUUGGGUGCAGUGCAGUUACUGGGGAGAACCUGCUUCCUGGUGUCGACUGGCUACUGGAUGACAUCGCCGCACGGAUAUUCACAGCCGACUGAGGCAAUAUUCACACACUAACCUAACAGAUACACUUAAUACUCUGCUCAUGAAUCCACACACAUCCAUACAGGACAAUAAUCUAGGCAACUGCAGUCGAACUCUUGAUGGAAAAUGGAUCACUGGCACCACAGUGGUCAUUCCUGAAGAGUUUUCAUAUUUGGCUCUUUUUUUUUUUUUUUAACAGAAGACUGAAGUCAAGGGACCCUAACAUAUUGAGAUCCUCACAUGUCACUAUUGGUUGUAAAUCUUUCUUGUGUGCAGUAUGACUAAGUUAUAAUUUGUGGUAUUACCAGUUUUGUUCUGAGAAAUCAAAAUAAACUUUUAAAAAAAUCUA